CCGGCACCCUCCGCGCCCAACGUGUGGCGCUCUGGCGCGGCCGGCUCUAUGGUCGGCCGUUGAGCUAGGCGGUUCCGGCGAGCGCGGGGGCUUGUGGGGAGGAUCGUCGCGCGCCUCUUUUCCGUGGCGGUGCUGAGGGAGCGGGAGCCGGGAUGUCGCACACAAUUCUACUCGUCCAGCCUACCAAGAGGCCAGAAGGCAGAACAUAUGCUGAUUAUGAGUCAGUGAAUGAGUGCAUGGAAGGAGUCUGUAAAAUGUAUGAAGAGCAUCUGAAGAGAAUGAAUCCCAACAGUCCAUCCAUUACAUACGAUAUCAGCCAGUUGUUUGACUUCAUUGAUGACUUGGCAGACCUCAGCUGUCUUGUUUACCGUGCUGAUACUCAGACAUACCAACCAUACAAUAAAGACUGGAUAAAGGAGAAGAUCUACGUCCUCCUCCGCAGGCAAGCCCAGCAAGCAAGCAAAUAAUGGGGCAGCAUCAGUACAUGGGCUUGGGGGAGGGCUUGGACAACAGGUGUGUACAGAGUGUAGUAGUGAACGUUUUGUAUUAUAGUCAUCCUGUUGCCAUCUUGUUAAACUCUUUAGCCAGGACUGAAUGUAUUGUUAGAGGUGCAAGGAUUUUGUUGGAUUUGACUUUUUUCAGUGUAAAUGGAGAAGAAAGGGCAACAACUACAGCAGAAUUUUAAUUUGUUCUUUUUAUCUCUGGUCAGCUAAUGUCCUACCUUGUUUGAACCCCUGGGGCUGUUCACAUUAUACUUCACCACAUUUACUGUAUGUGCCCUUCUGUGGGGUUUCCAGCAUUUAGUUAUGUCCUUGAGGCAGUCUUAAUGGGAAAUAAAAAAUUACCUUUAGUUAAA